AUGGCUUUCACCCAAUUAACACCUGUGAAGGAGUUCUAUCAAGAGCCUACCCUUCACCAGAUUCUUUCCCAGUCUCACUUUGUCGGUCUCAGAGGAUUUCUAGUUAUCCAAUCUUUUCUUUGGACAUUCUUGAAUACCCUCGUUCCCACGGCCGUCACCGGUGCCCCCAAUUCCGAUGGCCCUGUUUAUCAGGAGAUGCUCCGAAAGGUAGUCUCCGUUGUCUUCUGGAAUGAGUCUUUGAUCUAUUCAGCAUUCAUUCUCAUCUCCGCGCGCACAAUCUGCACACCAUUCCUUAACAAGCCCUCGCACGAUUUCGUCGCAUCGUCAUCGUUCCGCCGAGGCUUACGUCUUUGGUUUCCUGCUGCCUUCUCCCUCGCAAUCAUAUACAUCGUUUUCACUUGCAUUGGAACAUCCUAUAUCGAUGAGUUCAAAACCGCAACAAACAAUACCACCAUCGAUACUCCCUACAUGAUCCCAAAUGCUCUUGCAUACUUCAACUCGGUUUUCAUUCUGUUCUGGACGAAUAAAAAAUUUGACCUCCAAGCAGCGAACUAUGCUUUUCCCUCGCAAACUCUUUGGGUCAUCUCCGUCCUCUUCCAACAGAGCUAUACUGUUUACAUGACGAUGGUCAUUAUUCCCUAUGUCCGAAAGUCAUGGAGAGUCAAGGCUUUCAUUGGGUUCAUUGCUACCGCAUGGUGGGUUGAUAGCUGGGCUUGGUAUUCAAUUACUGGUCUCUUAUUGGCUGAUAUGAGUAUCAAUAUGAAUUUCCAAAUGCGUGCCCAGGCGGGAAUUCCGCUGGGAACUUGGAGAGGCAGAAAGUGGAGAAUGCCCGUCUGGCCAUUGUAUACCAUUCUUACCUUGGCCGGUUUGAUCAUGAUGUACAUUUGGGCCGCAUGGAGACCCCAAGAUGUUUACAAGGAGGUCAGAAUCCAUACCGGCGAGUAUUCGACUGGUGGAUUGAACGAUGUGGUAAUGGAACCCGGUACACCAAUGGCAAGAGAUGAUAAUUAUCUAUUCUUGCUUGGAACCUUCCUGAUCUUGGAGACCUGGAGUUUCCCACAAGCGGUGUUCCGCAAUCAAUUCCUCAUAUAUUUGGGUAAAAGAUCCCUCAGUUGGUUUCUUGUCCAAAGCAUCAUCAUUUACUCCGUAGGCAUCAAACUCUUCACCCAUCUCACAGAAACAAGAAACGCAUCAUUUGAAGCAGCAGCCACAGCUUGUUUCUUUGUAUGCUUGUUGACGGUCAUUCCAAGCGCGGAAAUAUUCUAUCGACUGAUAGACUUCCCUUCUCAAGCAUUUGCUAGAGUCACUUUUAAGUGGAUUAGAAAGUAG